UUCUGUCCCCAUGAGGUCUGAGAAAAAGCCUCCUGAUGUAGAUUUACGACCCGCCGGUCAGAGGAUGAAGGUAUUUCAGGAGCUCAUUGGUCCCAAAGUUCCUCAACACCAUAAAAGAGGAACCUCCGAAUCCCCGUCCCGGCACAUAUAUACCCCCCCAGAUUUCUCUUUUUUUUAGUCCGUGACUCCCUCUGUGUCCUCCACGUCGCUGUGCACUGCCUCUCGUCGCUUUGUGGAGUUUGAAACUAAAAAGAAGCCAAGAUGUCUGAGGGAAAGAAGAUGACAUCGAGCCGCAGGCAUCAUCUCAAGAGUUUGAUCCUGUCCAUCGCUGCUCAGUGGAUCGAGGAGGAAACCGCAGAGAUCGUUGCGACCAAAGCGGCUUACCUGGCCGAGAAUGCCGCCAAGCCCGACCUGAGCGGAGACCAGGCGGCUCUUAUGGAAAUCUGCAAGAAGCUGCACCAGGCCCUGGACAAGAUCGAUGAGGAAAGAUACGAUUCUGAGGCCAAAGUGAAGAAGAGCGACAAAGAGAUUGACGACCUGAAGCUGAAGGUGGUGGAGCUGGCCGGAGUGAAGAAGCCCGCCCUGAAGAAGGUCCGUAUGUCCGCAGACAGCAUGCUGCAGGCUCUGCUGGGAGGAAAACACAAGGUGACCAUGGACCUGAGGGCCAACCUGAAGCAGGUCAAGAAGGAGGUCAAGGAGGAGGCGAGUGCGGCGGUGGGCGACUGGCGUCAAAACAUCGAGGACAAAGCCGACAGGAAGAAGAUGUUCGAGACUUCCUAAAGACUUUCACCUCCUGUGCUACCAUCGUUGUUACAUCUCCGCUGUUCCGUGCAAAAACUAACCUAUGC